UUCAUGUUUAGAGAAGAUGACUCUGUGAUCCUUUUACUAAGCAUGGAUCCGUCAGAAGUAGAAUUUUUGGCCGAGAAGGAGUUGGUCACGAUUGUGCCUAACUUUGCGCAAGAUAAGAUUUAUCUGAUCAGUGGAGACGUCGGCCCCUUCGUCCCAAGCAUCCCCCUCCAAGUACCACUGUGGAUGGCAGUCAACUUGAAGCAGCGUCAGAAAUGCAGAAUCCUGCCCCCAGAAUGGAUGGAUAUAGAAAAGUUAGAAGAAAAGAAACAAGAGGAAAUAGAUUCCAAGUUCUUCACAGCGAUGCCGAGCCGGUUCUACAUCGAGGUCACCCAGCUGCUCCUGCAGUGUGCCACAGAUGACAUCCCGCGGGCUGACGAAGUCCGGACGUUGAUUAAAGAUGCCUGGGAUCUGAGGAUCGCCAAACUCCGCAGCAGUAUCGACGUCUUUGUGAAGAGUGACGCCACGCAUGCUAAGUUGAACUUCUUGACAUUAAUGGAGAUUAAUGCGGGUCGUCCAUUCCUGACCAAAGCCCUGGACCAGAUGCACCUCCUCCGCUCCAACCUGACAGGAGGCGGAGUCAGGGCGACACAGGAUUGACACAGUGACAUUCAGGGGUGCCUUGUGCCCAACCUGACAGGAGGCGGAGUCAGGGCGACACAGGAUUGACACAGUGACACUCAGGGGUGCCUUGUGCCCAACCUGACAGGAGGCGGAGUCAGGGCGACACAGGAUUGACACAGUGACACUCAGGGGUGCCUUGUGCCCAACCUGACAGGAGGCGGAGUCAGGGCGACACAGGAUUGACACAGUGACACUCAGGGGCGCCUUGUGCCCAACCUGACAGGAGGCGGAGUCAGGGCGACACAGGAUUGACACUCAGGGUUGCCUCCUGUGCUCAACCUGAAGAUGUGUUAUCAGCGACACGCGGAACUGAUGCUCUGCCAUUAAGAUGGUGUAAAGUGAUUCCUAUUAUGUUUCAACUAUUUAUGGACUGUUGUGCACUAAACCUAUUGGCAAAUACUUCAAUGAAGCCACAUUUGUUAAGCAGAAGAUUUUCCUCAUGAGUUGUCUCCCUUCCACCAGUGAAUUAUGUGUACAUAAAGUGCUGUUGUAAUGUC